UCAAGCCGUAUCUAUGCGGCGCGCGUGUGAUGACGACAACUGUGCGGGACGAAGUCGGAAGAGUGGUAUCGUGAUGGCGCCUGUGGCGGGGAGAACAGAGUCUCCGGGUUUAAAGAGCAAUGAGCCAAGAGACAAAGCGAAGGCACAUCCGAGUCGGAAAAAGCCGUGGAGACGGGACCCGCGGCUUCUGAGGGGGAGCAUCCGGGAAGGUCAAGGUUUUGCGUUUUGGAGAAAACAAAAGAUCCAACGUGAUUAUAAAAAGUUACUAAAAAAGGAGGGCAAUGCUAAUUCCAGAAAGAACAUUGGGUACACAGACGAUUACCCAGAUCACUUGAAACAUCUUUAUCUAGCUGAAGAAGAAAUGCUUAAGAAACAAAGCCGUGUUUCAAGAUCAAGAAAUAAAAGUUCAGCUCCACAAGAAGAACAGGACACAGAAGCAUUAAAAUAUAAUAGUAUUCAGCAAAAACCUAAAGCAAAGAGCUCAAACCAGAAAGCAAAAGAAGAUUAUGAGAGAAUAAAAGCUGAGAGAGAAAAGAAAAAAGAGGCAGCCAGACAAAGGAGAGAAGAAAGAGAAAAAGCACAGAAGCUAUACAAACAGAAGAAAAUGGAAAUGUAUAAAAUGUUAAGUAAAAGAACUAGAAAAGGACAGCCAAAUCUAAAUGUACAAAUGGAGUACCUCCUCCAGAAAAUACAACAGACUCCAUGAAUAUUUAUUAUCUUUACUACAGAUUCAAACAAAGAUGUUUUGUAAUAAAACCCAUGGAUUUCUUUUUAAUAAAAGCUUUCAAUUUCGGAUA